AUGUCAUCAUCAUCAUCGUUAAUCUCAAUAUUAUCAAAUGUUUCUCAACAAGUAAUAAUUUAUUUAGGCACAUUUUUAAUAAUUAUUGGUAUUAUUGGCGGAAUUCUUAAUAUAAUUAUAUUUCUUAGUCUUCGUACAUUUCGAGAAAAUUCUUGUGCAUUUUAUUUGUUAAUAAUGUCGUUUGUUAACAUAGGUCAAUUAUUUAGUGGUCAACUAUCACGUACAAUGAUUAGUGGAUAUUAUAUUGAUUAG